AUGGCCAAGCGAGUUUGCCACGCGCAGCGCUCGAUCGUCGACGUGGACGUCGUCGUCAUGAGCCUCGCCCAAUACACGGCGUCGCCCACGGACGUUGCUGCCUUCCUCCGUUCGCUGCCGCCGGUACUGCUCACGCCACCGCUGGCCGCGCUGCUCGAGGCGCUCCGCAGAGCCAAACCGCGCGGCGAGACCUUCCCUUUGCUGCUUCCGAGUAUCGACGAUGUGUGGCCGGUCCCGCGCCGCAACCGCAUGUCCCCAGAGCUCAUCGAUCUCGUGGCCGCCGCGAUACCCGUGUUUGUCGCCGUCGGCAUGGAUGGCCUCGGCCAUUACCCGUGGCCUGCAGACCCGCUCGACUUUGACUUGACGUACUCGGCGUUCAUCGCCAACUGGACGGCAAAGGUCAAGUACUUGACGCUUGGGCUGACCAUCCGCUUUCCAUCACAGCGCGCCGAGUUCCUCCGCCUCCUGCCCUUCUGCACCAACCUAGAGACAAUUGGUCUUCGACACGACAACGAGAUCCUCGAGCUCGUUAUGUCGCAUGCGCACCGCGUCCGUGACAUCCGAUUCAGCCUCGCCCACGAGUACCCAGAAGCAGGCUCAGAAGACCCGGUGGACGGCUUACGUACCCUCGCGCGCUGGCUCGUGUCUGGUCAUGCACGCCAUUUGGAGCUUGCGAGCUACGCAAUGGAGUACGACGCCGGCCUUGCGGACGCCCUCGCCUCGUCACCGACGCUCACCAGCCUCUACUUAAACACGUCAAGCGGUGUGGUUCGCCAGCUUGUGGCGCAUGGGCGACCGCUACGCCGCCUCUGCGUGCUGCAACUCCUCUUGACGACCCUCGGGGAGGCCAAAGCUAUAUUUCCGCUCGUUGACGUAAGUAAGCUCACGAAACUCAAGCUCUUCUGCCCCCGCCAUGAAGAUCUCACGUUCUUCGUCGCUGCACUGCCACACAUGACAGCGCUCGAGGACCUCGAUGUGAAGAACGGCAAUGCAGGCGCGACUGACACCGCGGUCGAUCUACCACAGCACUCGGCCAUUCGCACCAUGCGGGUGUUUGGCGUUGCCUUUGCAGACGACAACUUUCGCGCGCUUUUGCUCUGGGCCGCGCGCUCCCGCCGCCUCGAACGUAUCGAGUUGCUGCACUGCCGCACUAUGAGCCUCAACCUGCGAUCCGUCGGCGACGCCUUUCGUCGGUGCAUUGUCGCCGGGGUCCGCUACAUUGGCCUCCGCGAGUGUGCCAUCAACACUCAAGGUGCGAAGCUUCUGGCAGCUGCGCUUCAAGACGCCCAUGCACCCGCACCCAUGGAGAUCGAGCUCUUCUUCAACACAUUUCGACACGAAGGGACGAUGGCACUCGUGGACGCGCUUCGAACCUGCACCAACCUCACAAUCACACACUCGGGGACGCAGCUCUGCGCGACACAAGUGCUUCGCGCCAAACGUCUCGACACCUAA